AUGGCGUCAGAGCUAGCCUUGCCGUUCUCUGUUGUAUCUGUGGUAGAAGAUAUUCUUCAGACGCAUGGAAGCCGUUUAAGCGACAUUGACUUGGCGUCAAGGAAGGCUGAAGAAGCUUCCUCAAGAAGGAAUGAAGCAGCUAGCUGGCUGAGAAAGAUAGUUGGAGUUGUUGGAGGGAAAGACAUGCCAGAUGAACCUAGUGAAGAAGAUUUCAGGAUUGCAUUGCGUAGUGGCAUUGUCCUUUGCAAUGCUCUUAACAAAAUUCAACCCGGAGCAGUGCCCAAGGUAGUUGAAGUUCCCUGCGAUAGUGUUAUCAUUCCUGAUGGGGCAGCUCUGUCUGCUUACCAAUACUUCGAAAAUGUAAGGAAUUUUCUGGUAUCUAUGGAGGAAAUGGGGCUUCCCACCUUUGAAGUUUCUGAUUUGGAACAGGGAGGACAAUCUUCGAGGAUAGUGAAUUGUGUUUUAGCACUGAAGUCUUACAGUGAAUGGAAGCUUGGAGGAAAAAAUGGGUCAUGGAAAUAUGGUGGGAGUCCAAAGCCACCAACCAAUGCUAAACCACCUAUUCUGAGGAGACACUCAGAACCAUUCAUGAGGUCUUUGUCAAAGGGUAUUACGUUAGGAGAUAAAGAUGGGUUACUGAGUGAUAUUUCUUCAAUCAGUGAAGUGGGGCCUGAUCUCAGUGAAGGGGGUUCUAUUCCCUCCUUGAAUUUACUAAUUCGUGAAAUUUUAUCUGAUAAGAAGCUAGAAGAAAUUCCCUCUGUGGUAGAGUCUCUACUUAGCAGAGUCAUGGAGGAGUUUGAACAACGCUUGCUAAUGCAACAAGAAAUGUUCAAAACAACUCAAGACUAUAAGGCACUACCUGAAGCAGAGGAUUCCAAUGUGAAAUCUGCUAGUGACGGUGAAGAGAUGGAAGAAGAUGAAGAUGUGGAUGUUAAAGAAAAAGAAUGUGAUGAUGUGAAGUACAAUGUCGACGAAGAACCAAGCAGCCAACAUUUGAAGCAACGAGAGUUACUUCAGCAGCAAAAUGAGAACGUCGAGGAAUUGAAAAAGAUGGUUCAUCAAACGAAAACAGGAAUGCAGGUUCUGCAACAUAAAUACCAGGAGGAUAUGAUCUAUAUAAGUGAACACCUGCAAGGCCUAGCUUCUGCUGCUUCAGGAUAUCAGAAAAUUCUUGAAGAAAACCGCAAGUUAUAUAAUCAAUUGCAAGACCUGAAAGGAAAUAUUAGGGUGUACUGUAGAGUUCGUCCCUCAACAGGUCCCCAACCAGAUCAUCAUUGCCCUGUCAGUAACAUAGAUGAAGGAAGUAUCUCACUCUCAAUACCUUCCAAAAACGGGAAAGACGGGAAGAAGACGUUUAACUUCAACAGAGUUUUUGCGGAGGUUUUCUCAGAUACACAACCACUGAUUCGUUCGGUUCUUGAUGGCUACAACGUGUGUAUAUUUGCUUAUGGCCAGACAGGGUCAGGAAAAACACACACUAUGUCUGGACCAGACAAUUAUACUGAGGAAACAGUAGGUGUCAACUACCGCGCACUGAAAGAUCUUUUCCAUCUCUCAGAACAGAGAAAAGACACCAUCCACUAUGAUAUAUCUGUUCAGAUGCUUGAGAUUUACAAUGAACAAGUCAGAGACCUAUUGGCGACAGACGAAAUUCGCAACAGUUCCCAUAAUGGCAUUAAUGUGCCAGAUGCAAACCUUGUUCCUGUUUCAUCCACUUCCGAUGUCUUAAAUUUAAUGAACUUGGGACAAAAGAACCGGGCAGUUAGUGCUACUGCCAUGAAUGAUCGGAGUAGUCGUUCUCACAGCUGCUUGACAGUUCAUGUUCAAGGAAGAGAGUUUGCAUCAGGGAAUAGUCUUCGUGGUUGUAUCCACUUAGUUGACUUGGCAGGAAGUGAGAGAGUUGAUAAAUCUGAGGUCACAGGAGAUAGGCUAAAGGAGGCUCAACAUAUUAACAAGUCACUUUCUGCUCUAGGAGAUGUAAUUGCUUCACUUGCCCAAAAGCAAUCACACGUUCCUUAUAGGAACAGCAAACUUACUCAGCUACUUCAAGAUUCUCUUGGAGGCCAAGCAAAGACACUCAUGUUUGUUCAUGUUAGUCCGGAGCCAGAUGCCAUUGGAGAAACAAUUAGUACAUUGAAGUUCGCAGAAAGGGUAUCCACGAUUGAACUUGGUGCUGCACGAGUUAACAAAGAUAGUCCAGAGGUCAAAGAGCUUAAAGAACAGAUUGCAAGUCUGAAGGCAGCCUCAGCCAGGAAGGAUGGAGAAUUGGAACAAUUUUAUCAGUUUGCAAAUAGCAUUACUGAAACUCCUAAGUCCAAAUCUCAAGUGUCUUCCAUUGCACGGUCACCUACUUCGUCUUAUGGAAGUCGGAAGCCACCAAGAGAAGAUUCUAUUAGCAUGGUGGAGGACAAGAAAAAGGCUAGCCCCAAGCUCAAGGAAAGACGAAGCCUUGAUCCCUUGUACAUUAGUAGGAAUUCAUUACCUUGGCCACAUCAUGCUGAGGUAAAUGGAAAUGAGGAUGAUAAGGAAUCGAUUUCUGGGGAUUGUAUUGGUAAGAGUAGAAAAAGGAAUGGCCGCUUAAGUACUGAAAAUAACAUCGUGGGAGAGUUUGACACAGAAAGCAAACGGUCAUCUUCUCCUAUGCUAAGUCCCGCGUUUCUUUUAGACCCUUCCAAAAUAUGCAUGGAGGUGGCCACCACAAAUGACUCUGAUGACCUUGAGUUUGCAGCAAGUGAAAGUUCAGAAUCAGAUAAGAGUUGGCAAUCACAUGCACACAUGCCUAAAAUAACCUCUCUUUCCAACGGAGUAGUAGCUAAAACUAAGAAACCAGCACAUCCAAGACAAGCUAAGAACCAAGAAAACAGGAGUGUGAUCUUGUCUUCUUCAUCACCAAGGAGACAAUCCACCGUAGUUAGUCAACAGAGAAAGCAUCUAGAUGCAAAAAGAACCGGAAAUGCUAAAUGA